CUCUGAAGCACAUAGCAGCAAGACUCACUGUCCCUGCCUCCAAGAACAGGAAAAGCCAUGACCGCUACUGGAACACCCACUCCACCUUGGGAUGAGCACCAGCCAAUCGAGAAAGAUACUGCAAAAGCAGAAGAAAAAACCGAAGUCCAUGAAAAGGAAGAGGAGUAUCCUCUUUCAACAGGAGAACAUAAAAAUGCCACUUCUUCCUCUCCCUUUCCACCUCCAUCAUCACCAUCAUCAUCUUCAUCAUCAUCAUCAUCGUCGUCAUCCUCGUCAUCAUCAUCGUCAGAUAGCAACAGUGACGAGGACCAUCUCCCUAGGACUGACAAAAAGCCCCGUCCAGAUAUCAUCAAAGAUGACAUUAAGAACGAUCAACUUCAGCUCUAUGAAGGUACACCUGGAGACAUAAAACCCUAUGAUGAAUCAGGGCUUAGAAGAAGAGAAGUUGUACCAUCAGAUGAGCCAGAAAUAGAAGAGAGUCAGGCAAGAAGAAUGAACAUAGAGAAAGAUGAUGAAUUUUUCCAUUUUGUCCUUCUUUGCUUUGCUAUUGGGUCUGUGCUAGUUUGUUAUCACUACUAUGCAGAUUGGUUCAUGUCUCUGGGCGUUGGUUUGCUAACCUUUGCUUCUCUGGAGACCAUUGGAAUAUAUUUCGGCCUGGUGUAUCGGAUUCACAGAGUCCUUCAGGGCUUCAUCCCCCUCUUUCAGAAAAUAAGACAAAUAGGUUUCCGAAAGUCAGACUGA